AUGCUGGUCGGGUCGAUCAACGUUCCCUACAAAUUCUUGCCAAAAGAGCAUUACCGGCAUGCCGUACUGAGUCGACUCUUGAUCUCCUUGCUGAAGCUCGAAGUUCGCAACAAGAAGUUUGGUGACAAGAAUCCUAACAUUCGGGCUUUCCGUCGCACCAAGGUUGUUCCCAUCCUGGACGAGAACCACACAAGGACUGGACAAUUCAGAAAGCACAGGCCAUCCACCCCAGAACUACUUGUAAUCUACGACAUACACAACAUGUCACCACACAAACUCAUGGAGACCAAAGAUGUUCAGCCCACAAAGGGCCGCCACUGGAUCAUGGGGGCCGAGGCCUUUGAGAGGCGAAUGCCGCACCACGAUGGAAUCAAGGCGCUUUGGGAGACGAAAUGGAAGUUUCCUUGCACAAAAAGUCUGUACCCCUUCCACGACGGUAAAUACGAAGACUUUGAGCCCAUCUUUACCCACUUGAUCGCCAAUAACAUCAACGACGGCACGUCGCCCGAGUACACGCGGGCUUUUUUCCCCAUCGCCGAGGCGCUCGUCGCCCGGGCCGACGCCGCGGUGGCCGGCAGUGCCGAGGCCACGGAGCUGUACCUCCGGGCCUGCGCCGUGUACCGCAUCGCGCGCUUCCCCUACAUCACGGCCUACCCGCGCGUUAACUGCCCCGUCAAGUGGGAGGCCUGGGAGGCGCAAAAGGCGGCGUACCUGCGCUGCGGCCGGGCCUGGGCCGAGCCGGUCCAGGAGGCCAUGGUGGCACACACGCACCGCAAGGGUGCAGACCGCGACUCCAUCCCCGUCUACGUCAGGGUCCCCAAGGCCACGGCCGAGAGCGGUGGGCCUUGCCCGGCCGUCAUACUCAUGACGGGGCUGGAUGGCUACAGGCCCGACAACACAGUCCGCUGCGACGAGUUCCUGGCUAGGGGUUGGGGUGUCGUCGUCGUCGAGAUCCCAGGCACCGCCGACUGCCCUGCCGACUCUGCGGACCCCGAGAGCCCCGACAGGCUGUGGAGCAGCGUGCUGGAUUGGAUGGCAGCCUUGAAGGUGUUUGAUAUGCGCCGGAUUCUGGUCUGGGGGCUGAGCAGCGGUGGGUACUACGCCAUCAGGAUCGCGCACACCCACAAGGACAGGUUGGUGGGCUCCGUCGCGCAGGGUGCAGGCUGCCAUUACUUUUACGACCGCGAGUGGCUGGAAAAGGCCGAUGGGCACGAGUAUCCCUUCAAAUUGACGCCGGCCAUGGCCAUGAAGCAUGGUUACGAGUCCGUGGAGGAGUACAAGGAGGGCGUCCAGAAGAAGUUCUCGCUCCUGGAAACGGGCAUCAUCAACAUGCCAUCCACCAGGCUCCUGCUUGUCAACGGUACGCUGGACGGGCUGAUGCCCAUCGAGGACUCGAUGAUGCUUUUCGAAUACGGCUCACCCAAAGAGGCUCGCUUCUUUACCGAUGCCUUGCACAUGGGCUACCCCUUGGCCAACGGGGCCGUCUAUCCCUGGAUGGAGAGUACCCUACUCGGCCGGCUUCUGCGUCGACAUGUUGCCAUCCUUGUCGUAAAAGAUCUCGCACACCUUUACGGACCGCAGAUGAUCAACUCCUCCACUGAGCUCGCAGUCGUGGUGGAACAGAUACCACUUGCCCUUGAACUCGACGAUGGAGUGGUGCGUCGUCCAGCCCAAGACGGGCUCGAGGAUCCUGCCCCCGUACGUAAAGGGCCCGUACGGCGAGUCGCCGACGGCGUAGCACAGGUAGUGGGUGUCGCCGGUCGAGUAGGAAAAGUAGUACUUGCCAUUGUACUUGUGCAUCCAGGCGGCCUCGAAGAAGCGCCUGUCGUGGUCGUCGGCCAGGAUGCGCUCGCCCGUCUCGGGCGCCAGGAUCUCGAUCUCGCGUACCUCCUCGUCGAACUGGCGCAUGUCGCGCGUCAGGCGCGCCACCUUCGGCCCCAGCGCGUACACGCCCUCUCCGGAGGGUUCGUGAGGGCCCUGGAGCGAGGCGUCGAACACGUCGUUGCCCUUUUGGUAGCACUGCAGCUGGCCGCCCCACAGGCCGCCAAAGUACAUGUACGCGUCCUGGCCGGCGGCGUCGUCGUCGACGAACACGGCCGGGUCGAUGCUGAAGGAGCCCUUGAUGGGCUCCGGGUCCGGCGUGAAGGGCCCCUCGGGCUUGUCGGACACGGCGACGCCGAUGCGGAAGAUGCCCUGCUUGUCGCGCGCCGGGAAGUAGAGGUAGUACUUGCCGUCGCGGGUGGCGGCGUCGGGCGCCCACAGCUGCUUGGACACCCAGGGGAUGUCCUCGGCGCGGAGGGCCAGGCCGUGGUCAACCACGGGCUCGGCGGGGUCGAUGCUGCCGGUGGAGAAGACGUGGUAGUCGGCCAUGUCGUACUGGUCGCCGUUGUCGUUGAACUUGAUGUCCGUCUCGCGGUCGUGCGACGGGUAGAUGUAGAUCCUGUCGUUGAAGACAUGCGCCGACGGGUCGGCCGUGUAGAGGUGGGAUAUCAAGGGAGCCAUUUUUUUUCUUUUGCGAAUGGAUGA